UUAUCAAAAUCAGUAAAAUAUUUUUUUUACACAAAACUAUUAUUAAUUUAUAAUAUUUUAAUUAGUGCGAAUUUCUUCAAGUUCUUUUGAUAAUCAAUUAUUAAACAAACCAUGUCUAAUAAAAAAUGGUUUGAUGAUCUAUCCGAUCAAAGGCUUGCUGUGUUAAUGGGCCCAUUUAAAAAUCGAGAAGUAAACGAAGUGAAUUAUGACAAUAAAAUGAAAUUUUGGAAAAAUGCUAUAAUAGCAGAAUGUAGUCGCCGACAUCGAUGUUUAUUUUCUGUGGGAGAAUUGAAAACGUGGUUCGUGUUCAAAGGACGUUCACCAGUAUGUUUACUGGUUGUAGUAGAAGAUAUGUUUAGGUAAAAAUUAUAAAAUCUAAAUUAAAUAGAUUAAUUUUGUAGUAUACACCAUUAUUAUAAAUUAAACAUAUGGUCUGCAUUAAUUACAUUACUAGCAUAUAAUUUUUGUUUAAAAAAAAUUGAAUUUUUUGGUUAUCAAAAUUCAUUUAAAAAUAACUGUUUACAAUAGACAAAUUAACUGUGUGGAAUCCUUUUUGAUUUUUAAGUUGAUACUUAGUUCUAAAGCAAAUCCAUGUAAAUAAACUAUGUGUCUUUUAUUUACUUACAGAGAAAAUUGCUGUAACAUGAAAUUUAAUUUACAACACUCAAUAUUUAAUUUUAAAUCAGAUUUUAUACCCUAAAUAUUAAAAAUUAGUUACGUUAUUGUAUUAUUAUUUUAAUUAUUCCAUAUACACAUUUUAAUAACCGACAUGGUGAUUAGUCUGCGUAACAAAGGUAUGAUAUAUACCUAAAGGGAAAAGUGUUAUAUACCUAUCUAUUUGGUUUGAUAUCUAAUUUAUGUGAUUGUUUGAAUACUUUAUAUUAUUAUUUCUAAAUACUUAUUUAAAAAUAUAUGAAAUAUGUUUGAAAUCUUUGAGACUGAUAUUUAAUUUUUUUUUUUUUUAGAGAAGGAACUAUUAAAUCUCGAUCAAAUUUUGAACAAAUGACGUCUGAAAAUAACAGUGCUUGGUCUACAUGGGCAAUGAACACUUUAGUCAAAAGUCCACUGUCAUGGUCAGUUGGUAGGAUAAAAGAAUCUAUUUUAUCUCCAACUACUGUUGUUGAUGAAAUAUCUGAAUAUGUUAUUUUACAUUUAGUCGAGGUAAUACAUUUAUUUAUUUUUUCUUGGAAAAAUACCUAUUCGUUUUAUAUUCUAUAAGAUGUUUCAUUUGAUUUUUUCGAAAGGACCAAGCUAAUAAACUGUUCAAUAUGAUAUCUAUGAAUGAUCAAUCGCAAAUAUUUUUUAUGGACGAUUUGCAAACACGUCUUUGUGAAAUUUAUAAUGAUAACAUAGCAAUGACUUCUACUGAACUAAUUGUACACUCUUUAGAAAUUCGUAACAAAGUAUUUGUAGAACGUGGUGAACAUCUUGUAGCCAACAAAAUAUUGGUGAAGGUGGCGAGUAGUGGGAAAAAUGUUGAACCUUUAUCAGAAUUAGAGAAAAACUUUUUUAAAUUAAAAGAAACUGAAAAAAUAUUAAUUGAUGAGAUUAAUAAAAUGGAUAUUGAAAAGGAAUCUCUAACUAAAGAAGCUAAAAAUUAUAUAGCCAAAAAUAUGAAACCCAUUGUAAGUCUGCAAACAAUAUUUUCAACAUGAAAUAUUAAAAAAUAAUACAUUUUAGGCACUUACAUACUUAAGGAAAAAGAAAGAAAUUGAAAAACGAGUUGCGAAACAAUUAAAUUCUCUUGACAAUGUGCAAUCCUUAAUUUCAAGAAUAGAAGAAUCUAAGUAUAAUUCUGAGGUAAUAAUUUUUAUAUUUAAUAUAUAAUUUUUUUAUAUUAAAUAUAAAAAUUUUUUUUUUUAUGAUUUUCUAGGUAUUGAAAUCAUAUGCACAUGGACUUGCGGCUUUGAAAUUAACUGCUAAAGAUACUGGUUUAACAAUUGAUAAUGUUGAUGAAACAAUGGCAGAAUUAGCAGAAGUAAUAAAUAACUUAUCAUAAACUAUUAAGUAAUACAAUUCCAUAAUUAUUGUAUCAGGUUAUAGACGAACACAAAGAUAUGCAAUCAGCAAUGAGUAAUUUUGUAGAUGUUAAACAUAAUGAUCAAGAAUUGGAAGAUGAACUAGCAGACCUCUUGAGCAAAGACGAACCAAAUAUAUCAAAAACAGAAAAAUCUCGAAUUCCAGGUAUUAUUUUCAUUUUGUAUCUUUUAUUGUGGUCCUUAUUUACGAUUUUUUUUGAACUUAAAUGUGUUACUUUCAUAAUUUGUGAACUACAAAAAAAUAAAAGUAAAAUUUCAUAAUAUCAUCCCUAAGGUAUGCCUCAAAAAUGUUAAAGUUCUAAAAAUUAUGUUAUGGUAUUUUGAAAUUCCAGCCAAAAAUAUGUAUAAUAAACGAAAUAAAAAAACAAGUAAAUAACUAAAAAUAAUAAAGUAAUACUAAAACAACUUUUUAGGUGAAUGUGGCAAGUAAAAAAAAAAAAUAUAAUAAACAAUCUUAAAAAGUGUAAAUUAAUUUAAAAAUAUAUAAUUUUAUGAUUUGUUUGCCUAUAAUAUAUUUUUAGGCCAUAAUUUCAAAAUUCAAAGACCACGAUUUUUGAACUAUAACCUUAUAAUCAUCUGCACAUUUAUAUUGCAUCAAUUACAAAAUAAUAAUUUUUUCAGACCUGCCAAAUGUUCCAGACAACAGUUUGGAAGGUGAGGACUUGGAACUUGAUCGAAGAUUUCAAUUGUUGAGAGAACAUUGAAUCAAAAAAUAAAUAAUUCAAAGUUGAAUAUAUUACAGUAUAUACAAUAAAACUUUUAAAAAAUUAUUUUGUGUAUUACUUAAAUUAUAAUAACCUAACAACUAUAAAUAUACAAAUAUAACUAUGGUAAUUAUUUUUUUUAAUUUACAUUUAUUGAUGAAAUAUACUUACAUUUUAUAAAAUGAAAAAAUGAAAUAAAAUAUUAUUCAUUACACUCCAGAUUCCAAUUAAUUAAAUACACAUUUACUUUCAGUAUACCAGUAUAAAAAAUGUGUAUUAGUUGUAAACUACCUAUUUACAAAUUUACAAGAUAAUUAUAUUAUAUGACAAUUUGUAAUAGUCAUAAACCAUAAGUUUACUACAUUUUAGUAAAAGGCAAAUUGUUUCCAAAUUUUGUUUAUUAAAAUAUAAAUAUAUUCCUAUACCCAUUUUUUACAUUGUAACUAAAUAACUCUGUAUAUUUUUGAUGAAUAUUAUUUAAAUACUACUUUUAUACCUUAAUCUUACAAUUGCAUAUAGUUAAAUUUUAAAAAAAUAUAGUUUUAUGUUUAUAAACACAGUAUACUCUAAGGUGUAAACACACUCUUGGAUACAAAUAGUAUUAUUUAAUGGGAUAAUUAAAUGUGUGUUUAGAUAAAUGACCAUUGUUACAAACAUUUUUUAUUUAUGUACAUUAUUGAGUGUAAUAUUAAAAUCAAAUAACCAAGAUUAAAAAUUAACACAACCUAAAAUUGAAUCAUCAGAUGAACAAUAAAAAAAUAUUAUAAAAUCUCCCAAUUAAAAAAUAAUAAUUUUCUAUUUUUCUUCGUUUUUUAAAAGAUGGAAAUAUUAAACAUAACUAGAAUCAGAAUUCAAGCAUACAAGUGGUCUGCAGUUCUUAUUAGUUAACUAUUGUUACAAAAAAUAUAUUGAUUAAAUUUUGUUUAAAAAAUAAACUUUACUUUGUCGCCGUUCCAGGCUUUCAAAAACCAUCUUUGGCCAAAUAUAGCUGUAGUGUCCUGCUAUAAAUACCAUGAGGAAAUAUGAACGCUUAUAAAAAAAAAAAACAACAAAACUCAAAUUUUGUUGAUUGGUUAUCAAAAUUUGUUUUACUGACACAUCAAAGUAAAACCAAUAAAUUCUCAGAAUCUAAAAUUACAAUAAAAUAUAAAUAUUUUUUAGUGGACAGCGUUGCUCCUAGAACAGUUUGAAAACCCACUAACAUAGUGGAUUAACAUUUGUGAUUAUAUUACAAAAUAUUAUAAUACAUUUAAUUGUGUUGCGGAAUGCAAAAUCCAUAUCUAUGACAAGAUUAUCAUUAAAUUAAUAAACAUGUAGUACUCUGUUUUGUUGUUCUGUAUGAUUUGUUUUAUUAAUAGUGAAUUCGUUUUUUUUUUUUUUUUUUUUUUUUUUUUUUUGAAUAUUACACAUUUUGACUACUAAUUUUAAAAAAUAAACAACUGUUGCAAUAAAAUUUACAAAGAUAAAAAUUUUGUACGUUUUAGAUAUCAAGCUUCUAGUUUUAUAUUUGUUAACAAUUAAAAAAAAUAUAUAUAUAUAUAAAAUACAAAUAUAAAUUAAGCUACUAGUUUAAAAAAUAAAAACUACCUAUCUAAGAUGUCCCACAAAAAAUCAUUUCAUUAAGUCACAAAAUCCUGAGGCAACUUCUUUAGACUAAUAAUAUGCUUUGGAAUAACACAAUAAAAAUUUUAUUCUAUCACAUGGUCACUUUUGUAUUUUAUUUUCACCCAAUGAGCAUGUACACCUUGAAAGUGUUAUGUGAAGAUAAUAUUUUUCAAAAAUUCAUUUUAAUCAAUGUUAAUGAAUGAUAGAUCUCAGAGUAUAAUAAAAAUGUAUAAUAUUUAUGAUCACGAAAAGGAUUCAACAAAGUAUGUACCAAUUGUAUUUAAAAAAUGUACACUCAAAAUAGGUUUUAAUAUAAGAUUUUUAAUCUAAUUAUAUUAAUAUUUUGUAGCAGUUGAGCAAAUUGAAUAAAUAAAAAUGAAUAUGCGUUUGUGACUUAAAAUGUUGAACCAUUUUUGUUGUCUGACAAAUUAUUUACCUACAGUAAAAUUAUGUAAAGCUUGAAGAAAAUACAAUUUAAUUGGUUUUUCAAUUACAACAAUAAUACCAAUAGUCAAAUAAGAAAAAAUAUAAUUAUCUACAUAAAAUAUUAAAAUUAUAUAAUAUUAACACUAUGUUUAUAAUAAUUAUUUUAUUUAGAAGAAUGUAACACAAAAAACAAUUCUUGUGUUUCAUUCUUCGUUUUUUUUUUUUUUAAUUAGAUAACACAUUUUCAUUUCUAAAUUUAAUAGAUAAACUAACCAUAAAAAGGAAAUGUAAGGGUAGAAUUGAGAUUUAAAAUUAGGUAAAAAUAUAAAAUAAUUUUAAAAUAAGGAUCAUUGUAUGUAGUUUAUUAGGUUUAAAUUAAAUUGUCUUCAGUAUGGAAAAAGAAUAUUGUAUAAUUGUUUUCAUAAUUUAAGCAUCCAAAAUAAGUUUAAAAAUGUGUGUUAAUACUUAUACAUCACCCUGUAUUACUCACUGUAUUUUUAUUCAUUUUAUUAUUGGAAUACUUAAAAAUAAUUAGGGAGACCGCAAUAUUAGUGAAAUAUUAAAUUAUAUAUAUAUAUAUAUAUAUAUUUCACAUUUAAGAGUUAUAAUUUAUUUACUUUUGAAUAAAAAGAUAACAUCAAGAAUAGGAAAGUUGUUUAAAAUGAUAAUAGAAUUAUUUUUUUCCAACAUGCUUAUACUAAAAUGAACUGAACUUAUAUGUAGUUGCCCAAAAAAACUGGGAUUCCUAAUUUUUAAUCAUUUUAACUGCCUAAUAAUCGUCAAUAUCAUAAAGUUCAUUUGGAUCCAAAUCAUCACACUGCAUACUUUGGAAAUCAACUUUAUAACGUAAUAAUCCUG